AUGAAUGGUAAACAGUUUUACGUUGAUAGUACUAUACUACCGGUUAUGAACUUAAAAUAUGAACCCGAAAGCCCGCAGUCAAAACCACUAACUAGACCAUUUAACGAAUUUUUUCAAGACCUUGGCGAUGUAAUGAAAACUUUAAAAAAUAAUUUCCAAGAACAAUGCACAGAUGUGUAUGAAAAUUGGUAUGAAAAAAUUUUAAAAAUUUUAGUUGAGAAAACAGCAACAGUUGGUGUUGCAUUGAAGGGAAUUCCGGAUUUUCUUAAAUGCAUAAUAUACACAAUUAGUAGAACAAUAAACACUGCAUUCAGCGAAUUACCAUCUUUAGAAACGUUCUACGAUUCGAAUCCAAAAUCUUCUCAAUUUAUUUCUAUAUAUCGUGAUAGUCAAUACUUAUCGGAAGCAAGAGCCACUUUAGAGGAGAAGCUACAUUUGAUGUAUAAGAAUUUGGUGACAUAUUUAGAAAAGUUGGAAAGUGAUUUCAGUGAAAUCGUAGAUGAAGAACAACCGGAGAAUUUUUCCCUAUAUUUACAGGGGAAUCACACGUAUGACGAAAUGAUAGAAAUGUUAGAUUUUUUUCAGUCUUUUAAGAAUAGGUCUAAAGAAUUAGGAGAAUAUUUUGAGUUUGAGCUAGUAAACGUGAAUCAUAAAUUCAACGAAAUGGUUGCACGUGCUUUUUCCAAACCGAAAAAUUCGAAAGAGUUUUUGGAUCUUGGUGAUUAUAUGUUGCAUGCUUCUACCAUAUUUAUGCAAGAGAUGAUUGAAACAGUGAAGUAUUUAUCUUCUGUCGCAUGUGACUUAUCGCUGUAUGCUGUACUACCUAAAGAAUUGUGGAAAGCACACGCGUCUUCUGUAGCGUGGAUACAAAAAUCAUCACACAUUUUCAUCAGAUAUUCUACUAUUUAUGAAGCAGAAAAAUCUAAAGGAGAAGAAAAUAUGGGAAAAACAAUUAGUAAAUUGAAUUAUGAUUUAGAUACUUUUGAACCUAGCCUUACGUUCUUGGAUCGUAUCGAUGACAUCAACAAACUCUAUGAAUAUAAACUAUUCAUGAAUGCAUUAGUUAGAAAAUUAGAUAAAUUUGAUGCUACUGUUGCUUGGAUCAACGGAGAAAAACAGUUGUUUAACAAAGAAAUUACUCCAUUUCAAGAACUUACCGAAAUUAAAGAUUUCACUAAGCCAUUCAUCGACCUCAUUGAUUUUUCCUAUCGUUGGUCUUUGAAAAUGAAUGCAUGGAUGCACGGUGACUUCGAUACACUUAUAAUAUAUGAUGUAGAAUUGCAGUUCGAUGAAUUUUACAAAGAAGCGUUAAGAAUACAAAAAUUAUUAAGAAGUAAAUGUAGAGAAAUGAUAACACAAGAUAAAGGUAAAAUAUAUAAAGGUGUAAUGGAUACUCCACAAAUGAACCUCUGGCCAGCACCUUUAAAGAUUAUACAACAAAUAGUUGAUAGCAUGAAGCAGUUUAGGCAAUGUAUCCCAACCAUUGGAAUAUUGUGUAACCCACAUUUGACUGAUAGGCAUUGGCAAGACAUGUCUGAAUUUUUGGACUAUGACUUUACACCUAAUGCUGGCACUACACUUGCAAAAAUUUUAGAUUUAAAAUUAGGACCAUUACUAGUUCAGUUUGAUAUUAUCAGUGUGGGUGCUACAAAAGAAGAACAAUUACGAAAAACUUUGGUGAAAAUGAAAGAAGAUUGGAAACAUAUUAUAUUAACUACCAGCCCUUACUAUAAGGAUACAAAUUUAAAUAUAUUGUCUGGAUUGGAUGAUAUACAAACGGUACUUGAUGACCACCUUAUAAAGACUAUAUCAAUACGUGGUUCAGCGUUUGUAAAGCCGAUAAGAAAUGAAGUAAACGAGUGGUUCGAAUUGGUUAACCGUAUGAAUAUGACUCUGGAAGAAUGGGCAAAAGUACAGAUACAGUGGCUUUACCUUUUGCCAAUAUUUAGUUCUAAAGACAUAGUUGCUCAAAUGCCCGAAGAAGGAUAUUUGUUUAAUGACAUCAAUGUGGUUAUUAAAGGAUUGUUAGGUAUGGUUAAUUCAGAUCCGUUAGCUACUAAGUGUAUAGGACAAGAAGGUGUAUUAGAAUCAUUAAAGAACUGUAAUGAAAUGAUGGAAACUAUAAAUGCAGGAGUAAAUAACUAUUUGGAGAAAAAACGUUUAUACUUUCCAAGGUUUUUCUUUCUUUCAAAUGACGAAAUGUUAGAAAUUUUAUCGGAAACUAAAAAUCCCAAAAAAGUUCAGCCUCAUUUAAAAAAAUGUUUUGAAGGAAUCGCUAAACUAGAGUUUAGUAAAAAUUUAGAUAUUUUAAAACUUUUAAGUAGCGAGGGUGAAGAAAUUGAACUUAAUCAAUUUAUUUCAACUGUGGAAGCAAGAGGAAGUGUAGAAAAGUGGUUGAUUCAGGUAGAAGAACAAAUGAUUAUAUCAAUUAAGCAAUGUAUUGAAAAUGCUUAUAAUGAAUAUCCGACUAUAAAACGAACUCUGUGGGUACAAAAAUGGCCAGGUCAAUGUGUUUUGUGUGUCACUCAAAUGUAUUGGACUGCAGAAGUUCACGACGUAUUUAAUGCCCAUGAAGUUGGAAAAAUGCGAGAUUAUCAUUUAUUUUUAACUAACCAAUUGAAUAAUAUCGUUGAUUUAGUACGUGGUAAAUUAAGCAAGCAGACAAGAAUAUCCUUAAGUGCGUUAGUAACGUUAGAUGUCCAUUGCAGAGAUGUUGUUGACGAUUUGGUAAAUAAUAACGUUUCUCACCAUAUGGACUUUAAAUGGCUGAGCCAGUUAAGGUAUUACUGGAAAGAUGAUGUAUUGGUUUGUAUUACCAACGCAACUGUAUAUUAUGCAUACGAAUACCUAGGUAAUACGCCUAGGCUUGUGAUCACUCCUUUAACAGAUAGAUGUUAUCGCACCUUAAUCAGUGCUUAUCAUUUACACUUGAAUGGUGCUCCUGAGGGACCAGCUGGUACUGGGAAAACAGAAACAACGAAAGAUUUAGCAAAAGCUUUGGCCGUGCAGUGUGUGGUAUUUAAUUGCUCCGAUAGUCUUGACUACUUAGCAAUGGGAAAGUUUUUUAAAGGGUUAGCUUCAACAGGAGCUUGGGCUUGUUUUGAUGAAUUUAACCGUAUUGACAUCGAAGUAUUGUCAGUUAUUGCUCAGCAGAUAUUAAGUAUUAUUCAAGCGGUGAGAUCUAAUGUUGAAAAAUUCAUGUUUGAAGGCACUGAACUUACAUUAAACCCAAAAUGUUAUGUGUGUAUUACUAUGAACCCGGGAUACGCUGGGAGAUCCGAACUUCCUGAUAACUUGAAGGUUCUCUUUAGAACUGUGGCUAUGAUGGUACCGGAUUAUGCAUUGAUUGGAGAAAUAUCGUUAUAUUCCUACGGAUUUGUGAAUGCACGAGAAUUAUCAGUCAAGAUUGUAACAACUUAUAAAUUGUGUUCCGAGCAAUUAUCAACUCAAUCGCAUUAUGACUAUGGUAUGCGAGCUGUUAAGACUGUUCUUAUAGCAGCUGGUAAUUUAAAAAUGAAGUUUCCAAAAGAUGACGAGUCAGAACUAUUACUCAGAUCUAUUUUGGAUGUUAAUUCUGCAAAGUUUCUAAGUAAAGAUGUUCCUUUAUUUAAUGGAAUCAUUUCUGAUCUAUUUCCUGGGGUUCAAAUGCCAAAUCCUAAUUAUAAAAAUUUGUUGAAUGCUGCAAAUAAGGUGUGUACAAAGAUGCAAUUACAACCAAACGAUAACUUCAUGGAAAAACUAAUUCAAACAUACGAAAUGAUGGUAGUUAGGCACGGCUUUAUGUUAGUAGGCAAUCCAUUUGGAGGAAAGACAUCAUUGCUUCAUUUACUUGCAGAAACUUUGAGUUUACAGAAUCAACUUGGUCAAGGUGAAGAAAAGGUUGAAUAUGAAACAGUUAAUCCCAAAGCGUUGACUAUGGGUCAGCUUUAUGGAUGUUUUGAUGACGUUUCACGUGAAUGGUCCGACGGUAUUGUAGCUAACACAUUUAGAGCGUUUUCAAUGGCAGAGACUUUAGAUAGAAAAUGGUUGAUUUUCGAUGGUCCGGUUGAUGCGGUUUGGAUAGAAAAUAUGAAUACAGUAUUAGAUGAUAAUAAAAAGUUGUGUCUAGUUUCUGGUGAAGUAAUAAGUAUGCCAGAUUGUAUGUCUAUGAUAUUUGAAGUAAUGGACCUUAAUCAGGCAUCUCCCGCAACUGUCUCUCGAUGUGGUAUGAUUUAUUUGGAUCCUGCAACUUUAGGUUGGAGACCAUUAGUAGAAAUGUGGUUAAAAACUUGUCCAGAACUAUGGUAUUUAGAUCAAAAUGGCAUAGAUAUUAUGUGCUUAUUUGAUUGGAUAACUAAUCCAUGUCUUUAUUUUGUACGCCGUAAUUGUGUUCAAUUAACUAAUGCCGGAGAAACAAACACUGUUUUGAAUGUCUUAAAUAUACUGGAGAUGCAGUUAAAAAAUUCGAACGUUGAUGAUCCAGAAUUAAAUGAAAAUUUCACACUUUAUUUACAAGGAGCCUUUGUAUAUGCUUCUAUUUGGGGUUUUGGUGGAACGCUAGAUUCAAAUUCAAGACCAGUAUUUGAUCUUUAUUUUAAACAAUUGUGGAAGGGAGAAAUUAUUGGUUUGGAACCACCAGAAACUCUAAGUCCUUUGGAAAUUUUGAUACCCAGUGACGGAUUGUUAUAUGAUUAUGUGUACAAUUUUACAUCCAAAGGAUCUUGGAAAAGCUUAUUGGAAGUAGUGAAAAGUAAUAAACUCCACGAAAUGAAUAACAUAGAACAAACUCUAGUGCACACACUUGACACUGCGAGAUAUUUGCAUUUAGUUGAAAUGUUUAUUUUUCAUCACAAACCAUUAUUACUCUUUGGUUCUACGGGUACUGGAAAGAGUUUCUACAUAAAAAAUUAUAUGAUGAAUCAACUGUCAUUAGAUGAAUAUGUUCCAUCUUUUGUUACGUUUACAAUCCAGACAUCUGCUAAUUUUACACAGGAAAUGGUUUUAUCGAAACUUAUUAAGCGUAAACGUGGUAUAUAUGGACCGCCAAAGGGGAAGAUUUGUGUGAUAUUUAUUGAUGAUAUGAAUAUGCCUAUCAAAGAACAAUAUGGAGCUCAACCACCCAUUGAAUUAUUAAGACAAUAUUUUGACCAUGGACAUUGGUAUGAUCUACAAGAUACAAGCAAAGUUCACCUUAAGGAUAUACUCAUGUUAACUGCCAUUGGUCCAACUGGUGGAAGUAGACAAGAUGUAUAUGCAAGGUUUUUGCGUCAUUUCGGGUUAUUUGCUAUAAACUCAUUUGAUGACACAAGUAUUACAAAAAUUUACUCAACUUUACUUAAUAUUGGACUAAGAAGGAAUGGUUUUACACUAGAAGUGGUCCCUAUUAUUGAUAAUUUAAUUCAAUCAACGAUUGAUUUGUAUAAAUCAGCUAUUAACAAUUUGGCACCAACGCCAGCGAAAUCACAUUAUUUAUUUAAUUUACGAGAUAUUUCAAAAGUAACAAAUGGAAUACUUAUGUUUCGUAAAGAAAGCUUUACCCACCGGAAAGAGUUCAUAAGAUUGUGGGUACAUGAAGUACUCAGAGUAUUCUAUGAUCGCCUCAUCGAUGAUAAAGAUAGAGAAUGUUUAUUCAAUGAAAUUCGUAACACAGUUAAUAAAAAUUUUCAAGAAACUUUCGAUGUAGUGUUCAAUGAUUUAUCAAGUUCAGUUCCUAUUCGUUACCAAGACAUGACAAAUCUCUUAUUUACCAGUGCUACAGAUACUGAUGCGGCUGAAAACAAAAAAUAUGAAGAACCACCAGAGUUAUCAAAUUUUAUAGGAAUAGCACAAAUGGUGAUGAAUGAAUAUGACAUGAAACAUAAGUCAAAACUAAACAUAGUUUUGUUUAAAUAUGCUCUCGAACAUCUUUCGAGGAUAUGUAGAGUUGUAUCAAUUCCCGGUGGAUGUGCAUUGUUAGUCGGAGUAGGAGGCUCAGGCCGACAAUCUCUCACUCGAUUAGCAUCGGAAAUGUAUAAUUAUAUUACUUUUCAACCAGAAAUAACUAAGAAUUAUGGAUUCAAUGAGUGGAGGGAUGAUUUGAAAUUUAUAUUAAUGGAAUCGGGAGGAAAAAAUCGUCCAACUGUGUUUUUGUUUGCUGAAGGACAAGUCAAAGAAGAGUAUUUUUUACAAGACAUAGAUUCUCUGUUAAAUUCUGGUGAAGUUCCAAAUAUAUUUACUUUAGAUGAACAGCAAACUAUAUUAGAGAUGGUUAGAUUAGCUGCUCAAGGAGGAAAUAGAAAUUUAGAUAUUUCUCCAUUGGUCGUUUUUGAUUAUUUUAUCAAUCGCUGCAAACAAAAUUUACAUAUAUUUUUAUGCUUUAGUCCAAUUGGGUCGACAUUUAGAAACCGCUUGAGGCUUUAUCCAUCUAUGGUCAGUUGUUGUACAAUUAAUUGGUUUGAGGAUUGGCCAGAAGAUGCUCUAGUAAUGGUAGCACAUAAAUACAUGGAAAACGUAAACCUGUCUAUGAAAAUUAAGGAAUCAGCGGUCACAGUUUGUCAACGCUUUCACAUUGAUGCAAGACGAUUAUCUUUGGAAUUUUAUUUCAUCACACAACGUCGAACGUACAUAACAUCUGCGUCAUAUCUGGAUUUAAUUAAAGCGUAUAUGAAUUGCACUAACCUUAAGCAAAAAGAAAUUAUGGAAGAAAAAAUGCGUUACGUUGGUGGCCUUAAGGAACUAGAGAAUGCUACUGUUCAAGUUAAUCAAAUGAAAGAAGAUUUAUUUAUACUUCAGCCCAAGCUAGAAAUAGCUCAGAAAGAUACUGAAAAAAUGAUGAUUAUGAUUUCACGUGAGACAGUUGAAGUUGAAAAAGCUACUGCUAAAGUACAGGUCGAUGAAAAAGUAGCAAAUAUUCAAGCUGAGGCAGCUAAUGAACUAAAAUCAGAAUGCGAAACUGACUUAGCAUUAGCUAUACCAAUUUUAGAAGAUGCAAUCGAUGCUUUAAAUACUCUUAAACCAGCUGAUAUUACGUUGGUAAAGUCGAUGAAGAAUCCUCCUGUUAUAGUAAAAACUGUAAUGGCAGCAGUAUGCGUGAUGAAAGGAGUAUUACCAGAUAAAAGGCCAAAUCCUAAUAAACCUGGCCAAUAUAUAAUUGACUACUGGGGUCCAAGUCAACGCUUAUUAGGCGACCUAAAUUUUUUGCAGACACUAAAGGAAUAUGAUAAAGAUAAUAUAUCUGUUAAAAUUAUGGAUGUUAUACGCAAAACAUAUCUCCCUGAUCCCAGUUUCAAACCAGCAAUCGUAGGUAAAGCUUCGAGUGCAGCGAAGGGUCUUUGCAAGUGGAUUAUUGCAUUGGAUAUGUAUGAUAGAGUGAUAAAAAUUGUGGCACCAAAAAAAGAAAAAUUAGAGAUAGCUAAUACAGAAUUUAAUACAACCAUGAAGAUAUUGGAUGAAAAGAGAAAUGAAGUAAGAGAGUUACAGGAAAGAUUAGAUGCUCUUAAAGAACACUUGCACCAGACAGUGUUAAAUAAAGAAAAAUUACUAGCGGAAGUAGAGUUAUGUAAAAGCAAAUUACUUAAGGCCGAAAAACUCAUCGGAAGUCUUGGUGGUGAGAAACAUCGUUGGGCCCAACGUGCUGAAGAGCUCCAGACCAUCUAUAAUUGUAUACCAGGGGAUAUUCUUAUAUCUUGUGGAAUUAUUGCGUAUUUGGCUCCAUUUACAUCACAUUUCAGGUCAUCGGUAAUUAAUGAAUGGAAAGAAUUAUGUAAUAGUUUAAAAAUUCCAAGUUCAAAAAGUUACAGUUUAAUUGAAGUUUUGGGUGUACCAAUAAAAAUUCAAAACUGGACUAUUAAUGGUUUACCAAUGGAUUCAUUUUCAAUCGAUAAUGCCAUAAUUAUGGACGGGUCUCAAAGAUGGUCUUUAUUGGUUGAUCCUCAAGGCCAGGCACAUAAAUGGGUGAAGACGAUGGAAAAAUCUAAUGAUAUAGUGAUUGUUAAGCUAACAAAUUCCAAUUAUAUGAAAAUGAUUGAACUAGCUAUUGAAGUUGGAAAUCCAGUAUUAAUUGAGAACGUUCUGGAAGAUUUAGAUUCUCCUUUAGACCCAAUAUUAUUAAAGCAGAUUUAUAAACAAGGGUCCACGACGUUUAUAGAGAUUGGUGAUAACGCUAUUGAGUAUAAUACGAAAUUCCGAUUGUAUAUUACAUCAAAGCUGAGGAAUCCACACUAUUCACCCGAAAUAUUUAACAAAGUUACCAUUAUAAAUUUUGCAUUGACCGUGGAAGGUUUAGAAGAUCAAUUGUUGGGGAUUGUUGUGGCCAAAGAACGGCCCGAUUUGGAGUCAAAACGACAACAGUUAAUUGUCGAAGGUGCGGAAAAUUCUAAAGCACUGUUGGAUGUUGAAAAUAAUAUUCUACAAAUACUUUCAGCACCAGGAAACAUUUUAGAAGACGAAGAUGCUGUUGAUGUUUUAGAUAACUCAAAGAUAUUAGCUACAGACAUUAUUCAGAAACAAUUGGCUUCAGUAGAAACCGUCACGGUUAUUGAUCAAUUCAGGUUGCAGUAUAAACCAAUCGCUAAACACUGCUCUAUACUUUAUUACUGCAUUUCUGAUUUGCCUAAUAUUGAUCCAAUGUAUCAAUAUUCUUUAAAUUGGUUUUUCAAUAUAUUUGUUAUAACAAUUGAAACAGCAGCUGAAAACAAAAUUGAUAAACAAGAAUUAAUGUUCCUCAUGACCGGUGGUGUAGGUCUAAAAAAUGAUGUUCCUAAUCCUGGGCCUGAUUGGUUAUUAGGUGAAAGUUGGGAUGAGAUUUGUCGCCUGGAUGAUAUAAACACGUUCAAAGGCAUAAAAAAUGAUUUUAUAAGAAAAGUGGAAGACUGGAAAAACUAUUAUGAUUUAACUCAUCAUGAAAAUGCGAAAUUCCCUAAUCCCUGGUACGAUAAAUUAAGUGAUUUUCAACGUAUUAUUAUCGUGCGCACAAUUAGACCAGACAAAGUUAUUCCAGUCAUUACCAAACUUAUAAAAAUAGAACUUGGAGAAAAGUUCACUUAUCCACCACCAUUUGACAUAAAUAAAUCCUACAGUGACUCAAAUUGUCUGAGUCCUCUUAUAUUUAUUCUAUCACCUGGGAUAGAUCCUAUGUCAAGUUUGUUGCUGUUUGCCGAAAAAAUGGGUCAGAUGGAAACUUUACAAAGUGUUUCGUUGGGUCAAGGACAAGGUCCAAUAGCUGAAUCAUUCAUAAACGCCGCACGAAGUGAAGGCGGCUGGGUUUGUUUGCAAAAUUGCCAUUUGGCUACUUCAUGGAUGGAACAGUUAGAAUUAAUCUGUGAUUCAUUUGAUGUAUCUAAUGUGCAUAGUGACUUUAGAUUAUGGCUAACUAGCUAUCCAUCGGAAAAGUUCCCAGUUUCCGUACUCCAAAAUGGAGUUAAAAUGACCAAUGAGCCCCCAACAGGCUUACAGGCGAAUAUGCUCAGAAGUUAUCAGUCAUAUCCUGUUAAAGAUCAAAAUUUCUUUGAAGGGUGUCCAGGCAAAACUGAAAUAUUUACAAAACUUUUGUACGGAAUUACAUUUUUCCAUGCUGUCAUACAGGAAAGAAAAAAAUUUGGGCCUAUUGGAUGGAAUAUACCUUACGGGUUUAAUGAAUCCGAUUUUCAUAUUUCCAUACAACAACUUCAAAUGUAUAUUAACGAGUAUAACGAGAUACCGUUCGAGGCCGUCACAUACCUGACAGGGGAGUGCAAUUAUGGUGGUAGAGUGACUGACGAUUGGGAUAGGCGGACGUUGAAUACGAUUUUGGACAUAUUUUGCUGUCCACAAGUUGUUGAAAAUCCUAAUUAUCUGUUUUGUGAUAUUAGCAAGGAGUAUGGUUUACCCUUUCGAAUCGAUUACCACGGCUUUAUAGAACAAAUAGAAGAAAUUCCAAUUGUCACAAGUCCAGAAGUAUUCGGACUGCAUAUGAAUGCGGGAAUUACACGUGAUUUACAGAGCACAUCGCUACUUUUUGACUCUAUGUUAUUGGUAGUUGAGUCCAGUGGUGGUACUGACGAUUCCGAUAAGGCUGAUAAUCUGUUGAUAGGAAUCGCGUCCGAUAUACUUUCGAAGUUGCCAAAAAAUUUCGACGUGGAAAUUGCAUCGACCAAAUAUCCCGUAAUGUACAACGAAUCCAUGAACACUGUUCUCGUUCAAGAAAUGGAACGUUUCAAUGUACUGUUGUCUGUGAUACGUAAGAGCUUACAAGACCUGAUAAAAGCCAUCAGAGGCGCCAUUGUUAUGACGCCAGAAUUGGAAACAGUAGCCUUAUCGUUAUCCGUGGCUAAAUACCCAGUAUUCUGGUCAAAGUUUUCCUAUCCUAGCCUAAAAUCUCUAGGUGGAUACAUAACUAAUUUUAUUGAGCGUCUUAAUUUCUUACAAAAUUGGUACGACAACGGUAAGCCCAAUAAUUUCUGGCUAAGUGGACUUUUUUUUACUCAAGCAUUUCUUACCGGAGCUAUGCAAAAUUUUGCACGUCGAUACACAGUACCUAUAGAUCAACUGUGUUUCGAUUUUGUAGUACAACAUUCUGACCGAAUUAAUGCUGCUCCUGAAGAUGGAGUGUAUUGUUAUGGUUUAUUUAUUGAUGGUGCCCGUUGGGAUAGAAUUAACAUGGUACUGGAGGAACCAUUCCCAAAAGUGUUAACAGACGUGUUACCAUUAGUAUGGUUCAUACCUAUAAGAAAAAAUGAAUUAAAGAACAGAAAUAGAUAUGUAUGUCCUGUGUAUAAGACAUCAGAGAGAAAAGGUAUAUUGUCUACAACUGGUCAUUCCACCAAUUACGUUCUACCGAUGUUUCUGGAUACCAACAAAAAGCCCUCUCAUUGGAUAUACCGUGGAGUUGCUCUACUUUGUCAAUUGAACGACUAA